AUGAGCAAAUUUAAUUUUUAUAGUAAAAAAAUUAUUCAUACUACGAAAUCUGCUACAUCUAUAUCCAAUAAACAUGAAACCAUUAAUUUCUUAAAUAGAAAGUUGUUAGAAAAUUAUGUUAAAGAAGGAUAUCGUUAUAUCCAUUUAGGAUUAAUCCAAAUAGCUAUAAAGCCUUUACAUAAACUAGGGCUAAACACCCCUAUUCUAUUAGUCCUUCGUGAUACUCGUAUUAAAGAUUUUCAUAAUUCAACUAUUGCUAUAGUUGAAUCUAACCUUAAUGAUGGUCCAGUUUACUUUAAGUGUCAUCCUAAUUACUCUAUGAGUUUAACUGAUGAAUUCACUAAAAACUCACUUGUCAUAUAUGUUCAAGGCCUAAGUGACACAUUCAAUCCUGGAGUUGCCAACAUAGACGUUAUUAGUAAAAUUACCUACAAAGUUUCUAAUGUUGAUUACAUUUUUAAAUCUCUUAAAACUAAUCCUAGAAAUGAAACAUGUAUUAUUGAAGCCAAUCUUAGCAGAUCAAUGUUAUGA